CGCCGCCGCAAGCGCUGUACAUUGUGGGGGUUGUAGUCCUUCCGCGGCAGCGGAGAGUGCGGCCGGUUGCUAGGUGACGGCACCCAAACGGUACUCCUGCGUCUGCCCUUGCCUAGGUGGUUGCUGAGGUCCUGGCGGACCAGGAGGGCAGUGAGGACGGACUGCAAUUGCCAAUAGCCCUCGCUUCCUAGAAACCUCGGGGGCUGCUGGUGCGAGCGCAAGGAAAGGUUCGGUGGCCGGGAGAGCGCACCAAGUCGGCCGACAGUCGGUACUGGAACAGGUUCGAGGAUCCUGCCCUGGGAAAAUGUCCUACUAUAGAAAAUGCAUUGAAAUUGUGAUUGAGCAACUCAACAAAUUUAAACCUGAGAAGGACAAUCCUGAGCAGUUCCUGGAGGCUGUAUCUACCUCCCUGCAGGCUCUGAGCCUCCAGAAGCAGACAUUCGUUUUGGAGGUUCUGUCUGGGUGCCUUGAGUACUGGAAGCUACUGACUGUUGUGGUGGAUGCCUUCUACGUGCGUGACGGUCGGCUCUGCCUAUGGGCUGACUACAGCCUCUUCCAGGUGAUCUGCUACCUGGCCACUUUUCAGCUGGAGGAGCUGGGCUUCCAACGCUUCUGCAACAUCAUCAAGUCCCAGUCUGAAGUUAAGAUGCACAAGUUCCUCAGGUUCCUCUUCAACCCCUUAAACCUGCACUCAUGGAUCAAGGACGAGUGGAGCCUCAUCUAUGAAACAGCCCACGUGCAGGAGAACUGGAUCAAGCCCCUGAUGAGAUGGCAGCCAGAGGUCCAGGAGCUGAUCAACCAAUUGGAAGGAGCAACGACCAGUCAAUCCUCUGUUUCAAAGACCAAGGGCACAAAACCCAAGGAGUUCAACCUGACUGUCCCCAGGCCCCGUGCCAUUCCAGUGCCUGAGCUAGUUCCUGUCGUGGCCAAGCCGAGACCAGUCCCUCAGAGCACUUACCAGUUGCCCAAGGAACAGCAACAGUUGGAAAUAGUUAAGAGAUAUAAUCGCCGGAAGGCUGAGGAGCUGCUGCUGAAGGCAAACAUGGAGGAGCUGCGGUGCGCCAUGCCCAGGUCCCGAGGGGAGCUGCCUAUGCAGGACUCCAAGAAAAAACUGCAGCUUCGAGUCCCACCCCGAAUCCGAAAGACUUCAAAGCUGACCUUCUACAGGCCUGAUAAUGUUCCUGUCAAGCUGAACACUACCACCAUCCUCCGAGAAGGAGCCUUACACCAGCGGCAUGUGGAGAAAGAGUUGCAGAGAGUUGAAAAGCUUGUGGAUGGGGCUGGAGACUUCUCUGAGUUCCUUGAGUGGCAGAAGAAAAUGCAGGCAAAGGACCGGGAAGAGGAGUUGGCUGCAGGUGAGUGCCGGCGGCUGCAGGGAAAGCUCAGCCACGAGGAGGCCAUGCUGGCUCGGCAGAACCUCAUGCAAGAAAACAAGCAGAAAGCGGACCAGAAGAAGGAGGAGACGGCUGAGCUGAUGCUGCAAUGUGCCAAGAGACGCCUCCAGGAAGAAAAGUCUAUGAAGGAGCUGGUGGAGCAGGUGAUGGAAGCACAGAAGAACAUCAAGAUAGCCCAGAUGAAGCUUGUGAAGGGCCGACGGCAGAUAGUUCAGGAGGUUACAGAAGAGAGCCGGGAGCUGCUGCAGCGCAGGGCAGAAGCGGCCAAGGAAGAGCAGAGGCGGCACUGUGAACUCAUCUCCCAGCUGCGAGCACUAGAGACACAGCCUAGGCGCAAGGGCAAGCUUGUGGACCUGACACAGAUCCCUGGGUAUGGACUGGAAGGUGAGAUGUCCAUUGUGGAGCUGCGAGAGCGGCUGGCCCUUCUCAAAGAGACUCAACAGCGUGAGGAGGAGGAAAGGCGGGAUCAAAUCAUCCAGGGCAAGCGUGCCAAAAGCCAGGAGCUACAGAACACAGUGGAACAGAUCUCACUGUGCCGCGCAGCCUUGGGAAGAUCUGCAGCCUUGAGGUGGGAAGAGAAAAAAGCCCUUUCGGCGGCCCCGGGGGCGCCCUCCCAGGAUGAGCGUGUGCUCAAACUGCAGCGCAGGAUCGAGGAAAGGGCGGCCGAGCGCAGAAGGCAGGCUGCGCGGCAGCACGAGUCCGCGCUGCGGGCCACACGUCCCAAACUCAGGGUGAGCCGGAGGGCAGUAGCUAGGGAAGGAGGUCUUGGCCUCCAGAUAAGGGGCGGAAGAGGUGGCCAUUGGCUGGGGAUGGGGGCACGGUGUCCGGGUGAGGGGGCUGCUGGCUGGCGGUGUGGGAAGGCUCCAAGACCUUGGGCAGUGCUUAGGAAGAAUCCGAAGUAAGGAGCUUGAGGCUGUUGCUA